AUGAACAAAUAUACAUUGAUGUUUAAAUACAAAUAAUUGGAGGAUGAAUAUCAAAAAUAAAGAAUUAAUACUAUCAGUAUACCUGUGUUUUAAUUUGGGUCUGCUUGUAUAUUUAUAGUGGCUACUUCUAAACUUAUAACUUUAGUUCUAUAAAAUGAAUUAGGAUUAAUGCCAAUAUUGAUUGGUUGUCAAGUAUAUUCAUUAUUGUCAUUUGUGUUUCUGAGAUUCAAAAUUCAUAAAAUAAACAUAUAGCUUAUAAUUUUAGCAUACUUAUUAAUUGGUUAUGAACUAAUUAUUACAACUGAUACUAGUGCUUAAGCUUUAUCCUUAUAUCAAAGUAAUUUUACAAUGUGUGGUGUUAUUAUUAUACUAAUUUCAGAAUUCAAAGAGUCAUUAGUUAUUAUUAUAUCAACAUUUUUUUUUAAGAUAAUUUACACAAUGUUGAUGGAAACAUAAAAAUCAUAUAUAAUUUAUUGCUCAACCCUUAUACUAAUGUUUUUUAUGUGUUUUUUUUCUUAUAAACUAAAUGUUUUAAAUAGAACUAGUUUUCUUUUAAGCUAAUAUGAUUAUAUGUGGGGUAUGAUAUUAAAUAUUUUUAGAGAGUGUUUUUCCAAAAAUUGUUGAUACACCAUAUUUAAUAUUUACAUUCAGUGAUGAAAAACUAGAGUUUAUAUUUAAAUCUCAAAAUAAACUACCAUUUUAGUGUGAUAAUUCAAAAUAAUUAAAGGAAUUUUUAAGGGAAUGGCAAUGUAAUAAAAAUUCAUUAGAGAAUACUUUAUAUAAUUUGUACACUAAUUAGAAUAUUAAUGAAUUUCAUUCAAGAAAAAUAGAAAUAUUAAAAGAUAAUAAAACUAAGUAAUUAAUAAGGUAUUCAAUGAUGAAAUCCUUGUCAUCUACUUUUAUUAUUAAAUUUGAUGAUUCAGUAAUGAAAGUUGAGGAUUGUAAAGUUAUUUUAAAGAGUACAAUUAAAAAAUAAGAGGAAUUAAGAAUGAAAUUAGUUAAAAGAAUUUAUAAACAUUUACAGAUGUCUUUAAUUUAAAAAUAAUAAAAUAAUUUAUGGUUAAUUAGAAAUAGUUGUUUAAAAUAAAUAAUGAAUUUUAAAAUUCUCAAAUAUCAAUGGAAAACAUAAUUAUUUGAUACUAAAAAUUUAUUAUUUUUGAAUGAUUUUUUUAGUUACAAACUUAAUAGAUUACAAAUAUUCAAUCCAAAAGAUGAAAAUAUAAUAACUAUUGCAAUUUAAUUAAAGCGGCUAAUCUUUGAAAUACUAGAAUUAACUUAUAAUUAAAGACCAGUAGAUGUGACAAUUUUGGAAACAGUAACAAUUACUUAUGAAGGAAAGGAAAUUAGUAAUAAAAAGGAUCCAGUAUUAAAAUUAAUCUGGAGUAACUUAGUUGAAAAAGCAGAAUUUUAAAAUAGUUGUUGGGUUAUUUAAUUACACAAAGAACCUUGUGUUAAUUUUACAAAUAAAAAAUGA